AAACCUACGAGCCACCAAAAAGCCCUUUUUGCUUACGGCAUUUCUUCUGUUUGGCUGUCGUGGCAGUUGCCUCCUUCUCCUUCGCUACUACUCCCCUCAGUUAAUACAAUCGUUUUAGUGUUGUGUAACGAUUAAACGACGACAUAUAGCCCUGCAGGGGAACCGGAAGGUUAAAACCCUAACCCUAGCUCUUUGGAUUUUAGGGUUUUCAAUCUCUGAUUUCCAAUUUCAGUUACUGCCAUGGAAGCCGACGAGGAAGAUGCUUCCAAGGUGAACGAGCCUUCGAUUUCACUCCAAGACGACGCUUUACCGUUGCCUCAUACAGGAGAGGAGCUCCGGAACACCGAAUCACAAUGCGACCCGGAGUCUGCACCUGAGCCCGAGCAUGGCGGCUCGGGGCUUGGGGUCGAAGGAGAAUCUGAUUCGGUUGCGUCUUCGGUAGAGAGAGGCGAUGGGGAUGGAAUUGGAGGAGGGUGUAAGGAGGGGGAUACGGAAAUGGUGGAUGUGGCUGAGGCGGUGGCGGCGGCUGCGGAGACAGUUGAAACUGAUGCAGUGGAGGAUUUGCGGGUGGCGAUGGAGAAGUCUGCUGCUGACGCGGGAGAGAAGAUGGUGGUGGAAGAGGAGACGAAUGUGAUAGAAGGUCACGUGGCCGAGGACAAGGAGGUUGAGGAGGUGACGAAUGUGGCUGAAAGUCACUUGAGAGAGGAAACGGAGGUCAAGGAGGAGAUGCAUGUGGCUGGAGGUCACGUGACAGAGGAAACUGAGGUGGAGGAGGAAAUGACUGUGGCCGGUGGUCAUGUGACAGAGGACACUGAGGUUGUGAAGGGGAUGAAUGUGGCUGAAGGUUAUAGCACAGAGGAAGCUGAGGUUGGCGAUGUGGAUGAUAAGGUACUGGAGACAGAGGUGAAGGUGUUGCCUGAGGAAGCUGCUGUGGCUAACUCGGACAAGCAGGAGGCUGAGGAUUCUAAUGUGGCUGAAACGGCUGAGGAGACUGUGCUUUCAGUGAAGGAUGAAACAGAGCAAAUGACGGGUGAAGCCAAGGGAGGUGAGGUUGAGGCCGAGACAGUGGGAGAGGAGACUGAGACCGAGGUGGAAGGAGAGGAGGAUGGGAACGAUGCGGUGGGAGAGGAGGAUGGGAGCGAGGCGGUGGGAGAGGGGGAUGGGAGCGAGGCGGUGGGAGAGGAGGAUGUGAAUGAGGCGGUGGGAGUGGAGGCAGAGGCCGAAGCGGAGGGAGAGGAGGCUGAGGCUGAAGCAGAAGGAGAGGAGGCUGAAGCAGGGGGAGAUGAUGAGGAGAAUGCGGCAGACAUGUUGGCUGAGACUGACACAGUUGGGGAGUUGGAUAUGGUUGAUGAUGUAAUGGAGGAGACAACUGAGGCAGAGGAGACGGGGGCGGCAGAGGAAGAAGCAGAAGAAAUGGAGGUGGAAGAGGAGGAGGAGACAAAAAGGGCCGGCAGUGGUGGGAAGAGGAAGCGUGUGAAGAGUUCUAAGGACACGGGAAAACUCCUUUCAAAGAAGAAAAUGGAAGAGGAUGUCUGUUUCAUUUGCUUUGAUGGGGGUGAGCUUGUGCUUUGUGACCGCAGGGGAUGUCCCAAAGCAUACCAUCCUUCAUGUGUUAAUCGUGAUGAGGCCUUCUUUCGAGCCAAGGGUCGAUGGAAUUGCGGUUGGCACCUUUGUAGCAACUGUGAAAAGAGUGCCCACUACAUGUGUUAUACAUGUACCUUUUCCUUGUGCAAGGCGUGUAUCAAAGAUGCUGAUAUCUUAUGUGUUCGAGGAAACAAAGGCUUCUGUGAGACAUGCAUGAAAACUAUCAUGAUGAUUGAAAAGAAUGAGCAAGGAAACAAGGACAAGGAUGAAGUCGAUUUUGAUGAUAAAAGCAGCUGGGAGUACCUCUUCAAGGAUUAUUGGAUAGACUUAAAAGAGAAGUUAUCUCUAACACUUGAUGACCUUGCUCAGGCCAAGAAUCCAAGGAAAGGAUCAACUGGACGUGCUAAUAAACAGGAGUCACGUGAUGAACCCUAUGAUGCUAAUGAUGGUGGAGGGUCUGAUUCUGACAACUCUGAGAAUUUGGAUUUAGUUAACCCUAAAAAAAGAAAGUCCAAAAAACGAAUGAGAACCCGUGCAAAGGGGAGGGAUUCAUCAAGUGCAGCUACAGCAACUGGCUCUGGAGGUCCAUCUGCAGAUGACAGUACAGGGUGGGCAUCAAAGGAACUUCUGGAGUUUGUAAUGCACAUGAGAGAUGGUGACGAGUCUGCUUUAUCUCAGUUUGAUGUCCAGGCUCUCUUGCUAGAAUAUAUAAAAAGGAACAAACUUCGUGACCCUCGGCGAAAAAGUCAGAUAGUUUGUGAUAUAAGGCUUCAAAAUUUAUUUGGGAAACCACGCGUUGGGCAUUUUGAAAUGUUAAAGCUUCUUGAAUCCCACUUUCUUGUAAAAGAGGAUGCUCACACUGAUGAUCUUCAAGGGAGUGUUGUUGAUACCGAUGACAAUCAGUUGGAGGUUGAUGGCAACUCUGAUACCCCAGUAAAGGCCAGUAAAGAUAAGAGACGUAAAGCACGUAAAAAGGGUGAUGGGAAAGGACCUCAAUCUAAUAUUGACGACUUUGCAGCCAUUGAUAUGCAUAACAUCAAUUUAAUUUUCUUAAGGCGUAAUUUAGUGGAAGAUCUACUUGAUGAUCUGGAUAACUUUCAAGACAAGGUUGUCGGCUCUUUUGUCAGAAUUAGAAUUUCUGGUAGUGGUCAAAAGCAAGAUUUGUAUAGGCUGGUGCAAGUUAUAGGUACAUGCAAGGGUGCUGAGCCAUAUAAAGUUGGUAAAAGGAUGACAGAGAUCUUGCUAGAGAUAUUAAACUUAAACAAGACAGAGAUCAUUUCGAUUGAUAUCAUCUCAAACCAAGAGUUCACUGAGGAUGAAUGCAAACGACUGCGUCAGAGCAUAAAAUGUGGACUUAUCAACCGGCUUACUGUGGGUGAUGUUCAAGACAAAGCAAUGGUGCUCCAAGCAGUCAGAGUCAAAGAUUGGUUAGAAACGGAGAUAGUUAGACUCAGCCAUCUUCGUGAUCGAGCCAGUGAAAAAGGGCGCAGGAAGGAGCUUAGAGAGUGUGUAGAGAAGUUGCAGCUUCUGAAGACGCCUGAGGAACGCCAGCGUAGACUAGAGGAAACUCUAGAAAUACAUGCGGAUCCAAAUAUGGACCCAAGUUAUGAAUCUGAGGAGGAGGAAGACGAAGGAGAUGACAAGAGACAAGAUAGUUACACGAGACCUACAGGUUUUUCCUUUGGAAGGAAAGGGAGGGAUCCAAUUUCUCCACGAAGAGGAGGAUCUUCUUUUAAUGAUUCCUGGAGUGGGACAAAGAAUUAUUCCAAUACGAAUCGAGAGUUAAGCAGGAGUACGUCAAAUAAGGGAUUCUACAACAAAGCAGAAAAUACAACUGGAGCUGGUGAGAGAGUGAAUGAUUCAUGGGGUCAAGGAAGAGACAGAGAAACGCAGCAAACAAGCCACUGGGAGAAGAAACAAAUUAUUUCAAGUUUAGAAACAGGUGUUAAGAGUACGCAGUCUGUGGUACAAUCUGAAUCAUCUCCUGGUGGUGGCUCAGGAAAUUCAGUUGCACAUUUCACCACUGGCGCAGCGCAAUCUACACCCACUAUCAAUGAUUCAGAAAAAAUAUGGCAUUACAAGGAUCCUUCCGGGAAAAUUCAGGGACCAUUUUCCAUGGCACAGCUACGCAAAUGGAAUAACACUGGCUAUUUUCCUGCCAACUUGAGAGUUUGGAAAAACACUGAGAAGGAAGAAGAUUCUAUCCUGGUAACUGAUGUAUUGGCUGGAAAGUUCCAGAAAGACCCUUCACUGGUUGACAUUAGUUUUCUAAAGGCCCAAAUGGUGCAUGAUUCAUGUCUCUCACCUGCACCAUCUGGGAAGCCUCAAGGAGGUCUCUUUCAACGGGGUACAGAAGGCCAAGCUGCAGGAGGAAGUUGGGGAUCUGAAAACGAAAUUACUUCAUCCUCAGCCAGAGGUACUCCAUCAUCAGUUGAGGUUCCUAAGUAUUCUUCAGAUGGGUGGGGCACAACAAACUUUCCCUCACCUACUCCAUCCCAAACUCCAUUAGGUGGGGCAAGGGGUCAAGCUUAUGAAAGUAAUUGGUCACCCACCCCUGUUCAUCCAACUGGCUCUGUCUUGGGUGGAAAUGGAGUGAUGCAACCUAGUACAGUAGCUACUCCAGAAAGUGCAUUGCGAGUUUCUGGAAUUGAUCGCUCAAGCUCUCUUUCCGGCAUUAAUGCAGCACCCAAGUCUGAAACUGCUGUGCUUCUGGGCUCUACAAAUACUCUUCAAAUGCAUGGUCAAGUAAAUGCUUCAAUGAAUCAAGUAACAGAUGUGAAAAAUCUUGUUUCAAAUCUGCAAAAUCUGGUACAGACUGUUACUAAUCGUACUCCCGGUGGUGAUGCUCGAGGGUGGGCUUCUGGUUCAGUUCCAAAACAGGAAAUGACUGCUCCAGGGCCAGCACCUGGGAGUGAAACUCAACCCUGGGCAGGUGCUCCUUCCCAGAGGAUAGAACCAAUUAAUGCUUCUACUAUGCCUGCACAACAUCCGGCCCAUGGUUACUGGGGUAACGCUUCAUCUACUAACAAUGCUACCCAGUCUAUUAAUACAGGAAAUGCAGCUGGAAAUUUGCCUUCAUCAGGCUUCUCUGGUGUUCCACAGUCUGAUCCUUGGAGACCCCAAGUCCCAGCUAAUCAAUCAUACAUUCAGCCUCCUGCACCAUCGCCCCAGGUACCUUGGAACAUGGGUGUCCCAGAUAACCAAAGUUCUCUGCCAAGAAAGGGGCAAGAGAAUCAAAACGCUGGUUGGGCGCCAAUUGGGGGAAAUCCAAACAUGGCCUGGAGAGGACAAGUGCCAGGAAAUACAAACAUGAAUUGGGGAGCUCCGGGACAGGGUCCAGGGUGGGCUGGACCUGGUCAAGGUCCAGUACCUGGAAAUGCAGCGCCUAAUUGGGUCCAACCUGCUGCUCAAGGACCUCCUUCGUUAAGUGGAAAUCCCGGUUGGGCUCCAUCUGGUCAAGGGCCAGCAGUUGCGAACACCAAUCCUGGUUGGGGUGGGCAAACUCAGAAUGGAGGAGAUAGGUUCCCAAAUCAAAGGGAUCGCGCUCCGCAUGGCGGAGAUUCUGGUUAUGGUGGCGGAAAGCCCUGGAAUAGGCAGUCGUCCUUUGGUAGUGGUGGUGGUGGCGGCGGGGGAGGAGGGUCUUCGAGGCUACCUUUCAAAGGGCCCAGAGUGUGCAAGUUCUUUGAGAGUGGUCACUGCAAGAAGGGCGCAGCGUGUGAUUAUCUCCACCCGGACCAGUAAGAUUUUUGGGAACACAGAAGCAGCAGCAGCAGAAGAGCAGUUCAUAGUGUACAGCAAAUUUCCCAUGGAAGAGUUUUGACUUUUGUAUAAAACCUUUGUUUUGUUAAUCUUUUAAUUACAAUGACAAGGUUAGUUUAGUGUAUUAUGCUUUGUUUGGUCUUUCCUACAUUCUUCGUUACUGUUUAGAUAUUCCAAUGUGUUACAAUCAUGGGUGAUCUUGAUGCAUGUAAGAUUUCUUGUACUCUAAAGAGCGGAAAGAAAUGCAAGUUUUUUAUAAAUAGAGGGAGAUUCGAACUCGCA